AUGCUCACACGUUUCUCACGCUCAUUGUUGAAAUCGCCCUUUAGAACCGCAAUUGCAUCUAAACCAUCUCAAUCAUCUCUAUUGUACAAUUUGCAGCAGCAGCAACAAAAACAAAAACAGCAAGACCCUUUUUAUAUAUACACCAAGUCACCAAAUGCGUGUGUACAAACGCAAAAUUGUGAGCUGUCGCAACUGGCGCAAUCGAAACUGUACCAUGAUAUAGAUUACAAUACAGCAAAUUUCCAUGAAUUUUACAACACAAUGCCACAUAUCCAUCAACAAAUAGGCAUUGAUGGUGAGAAACGAUGGAGGUAUGUUGAUUUAGUACAUCCUCAUGUUGCUGAGUUUGCUGAUUUAUUCUAA